GUUUUUAAACCUAUCAACUUCGUUUACUUUUCAGUGGUGUUAAUGUCAGCUCUGAACACUGCCGAACACCUAAACACCUUCUCCCUCAUAGGCCAUCUACCGAGUCUCUGGAGCCUCCUCACGGCCGCAUUUACACACUACGUAUUCGCCCCUAUCGAUGCGACUCUUAACUUAUAGUGAUGAUGGAAGGCUUAUGGUCACUCCCGAUAUUGUCGAUGAAGCCAUAUUACCUCCUUAUGCGAUCCUGUCUCAUACUUGGGGAGAGGAGACGGACGAGGUCACUUUCGAAGACCUGGAGGAGAACAUAGGCAAAGACAAGCCUGGCUUUAAGAAGAUUGAAUUCUGUCGGGAGCAGGCAAAGCGGGACGGGUUAAAACAUUUUUGGAUCGACACCUGCUGCAUCGACAAGGCGAACAAGGCUGAGCUAUCGCUGGCCAUCCGAUCUAUGUUUCGCUGGUACCGUAACUCGAACCGAUGCUAUGUCUACUUGUCAGACGUUUCCGCUCCACCUCCCGGAGCCGAGCAAGAAGCGAACCCGCUACUGAGGGCUCUGGAACUCCGAGCAAGCAAGUGGUUUACCCGCGGCUGGACGCUGCAGGAGCUUCUAGCACCCAAAAUUGUUGAGUUUUUUUCGCGUGAAGGGCAUACGCUGGGUGAUCGAGCAUCACUGAAAUGGCAGAUUCACAGGGCCACGGUUAUCCCACAUGCAGCGCUGGAGGGGUGCCUGUUAUCUCAAUUCACGGUCAACGAGCGUCUUGGAUGGAUACAAAACCGUCAAACUAAGCUCGAAGAAGAUAAAGCGUACUCUUUGUCAGGUGUCCUUGGAGUUGAACUAAUGCCAGUCUAUGGUGAAGGUGCCAAUGAAGCGUUCAGACGGCUUCACAACGAGGUUGAGAAAUUGGAAGCAUGCCUGCGUGAUUUACGCUCUACCGAUCCCGGUGACGACAAGAAACGAAUCGAGGACGCAAAGGGCGGCUUGCUGACGGACUCAUACUGCUGGGUGCUGGACAACGCCAUGUUUCAGCAAUGGCAUAAUGACCCACAGAGCCAACUGCUAUGGAUCAAAGGUGAUCCUGGCAAGGGAAAGACGAUGCUUCUUUGUGGCAUCAUCGACGAGCUACAGAAGACAUUCGCCAAAACUGCAUCAGUAUCAUACUUCUUCUGUCAGGCUACAGACUCGCGCAUCAAUAGCGCUACAGAUGUGCUGCGUGGAGUACUGUACUUGCUUGCCAGACAGCAGCCAACCAUUAUUGCGCAUGUUCGCAAAGCAUACGACCAGGCAGGCAAGUCUGUGUUUGAGGAUGCCAACGCAUGGGUUGCGUUAACAGAGAUCUUUGCAGAUUUACUGCAGGAUUCAAGCUUGGGCGAAACCUACAUAAUCAUCGACGCGCUGGACGAGUGUGUCGUCAACUUACCAAAGCUGCUCCAGUUUGUCGCACGGCAUUCAUCCACGUCCUCCCGCGUCAAGUGGAUCGUCUCGAGCCGGAACUUACCCCAUAUAGAAGACCAGCUAGAGUCAGUACAGUGCAAUGUGAGAUUGAGUCUCGAACUUAACGCGGAGUCCGUGUCUGCAGCUGUUCGCGUGUUCAUCCAACACAAGGUUUCUCAGCUGGCACAGCAGAAGAAGUACGAUCAGAAAACCCAGGACGCGGUGUUUGAGACAUUGACAUCGAAUGCGAACGACACCUUCCUGUGGGUAGCACUUGUGUGUCAAGAACUGGAGCAAACAGCGAAACGAAACGCCUUGAAGAAGCUUUCCUCCUUUCCGCCGGGGCUAAAUGCGCUAUACGAGCGGAUGAUGCAGCAAAUACAGAUGUCGGAUGAUGCUGGACUCUGUAUACAUAUCCUGGCCUUGACUGCGCUCUUAUAUAGACCCAUUACGCUGGAAGAGCUCAGAUCGCUUGCUGAACCGCUCGAAGACAUCGCUGACGAAGAGGAGGUGCGCGAGAUCAUCAGACUCUGUGGGUCGUUUCUUACUCUACGAGAAGACACAGUCCGCUUUGUACACCAGUCCGCACAAGAUUUCCUCUUUACAGAGGCGUUUGAUGAGGUCUUUCCAAGCGGAAUAGAAGCCGCUCAUCUGGAAAUCUUCACAAGAUCGCUCGCAGUCCUGUCCAGGACGUUGCGCAAGGACAUUUACUACCUGAAAGAGCCAGGGUUUCCUAUAAAUGACAUUCAAUCGCCUAAUCCAGACCCACUGGUAGCAUCGCGUUACUCGUGCAUCUACUGGAUCGAUCAUCUCUGCCAAUCGAUACAUGCGCCACAGACAGAUAGUCCUUGUGAUAUACAAUUGAUCAGCACAAUCGACGAGUUCUUCAGAACAAUAUAUCUCUACUGGUUAGAAGGACUUAGUCUGUGCAGGAGCGUGGCAAAAGGCGUAGUUUUGAUGGCGAAGCUGGUCUCUCUAGUUCAGAAAUGGGAUAUCGAGGAUCUGACUGGAAUCAUCCGAGACGCGCACCGAUUCAUAAUGUACCACAGACAGGUGAUAGAGAGCUAUCCAUUGCAGACAUAUGCAUCUGCGCUAGUAUUCAGCCCAACAGGAAGUGCGAUCAGAACUUUCUUUAAGCACGAAGAGCUGGAGGGUAUCACUAUCAGUCCUACCAUGAGCGAGGAUUGGAGUGCAUGUCUACAGACACUCGAGGACCAUAUCAAUCCAGUCGGCAAAUUCCACACAGAUUUCGUCGAAGUUCUAGCUUACUCGCACGACUCAACUAAGCUGGUGUCAAUGACAAGGGAUGAUAUCAAGCUGUGGGAUGCAAUUAGUGGCGAACGUUUGCAAACCAUCACGGACCUCACACACCAUUUCACAUCAGUAGCUUUCUCAUGUGACUCGACUAAGCUGAUAUCAGCUUCAAGUAACGGCACGGUCAGGCUGUGGGACACACUCAGCGGCGAGUGCUUGCAGACGCUCAAACAGAGUGUCAGUGUUGAAAGCCUCUCGAACGCGGCUUUCUCGAAAGACUUGACAGCUCUAGCAGUGUCCUACGACGACUCUAUCGAAUUAUGGGAUCUGAACAGCGGUCAGGUUCUGCAAACGCUUUGGGGCCCCACCAAACAUGAGAAUCCUACUGUUUUCUCACACGACUCGACCAAGCUGGCGACCAUAUCAUUAGAUGGACCUAUUAAAUUGUGGGAUACAAUCAGCGGUGAAUGUUUGCAGACAUUCAGCGGGCAGUAUGUGUCUGUAGCUUUCUCGAGUGAUUCGUUGCAAUUAGCAACUGGAUCGGACGAUGGAACUGUCAGAAUCUUGGAUUUGAGUAGUGGGGUGUGUUUGCAGACGCUCAAGGGUCAUGGCUGGGAAGUUCGAAACCUAGCCUUCUCGCAUAACUCAGCCCAGCUGGCGUCUGCGUCCUACGAUAUGACUAUCACGAUCUGGGACAGCAGCACUGGAAUAUGCUUGCAAACGCUUGAGGGUCAUGGCAACUCUAUAUCAUCAAUCACCUUCUCCCCUCUGAUGCUACACCUUGCAUCAGGGUCCAGAGACGGGGAAGUCAAGAUAUGGGAUACUGGCGCCAGCACAGGCUCGCAGACGCUCAACGGUCACAGCAGUACCGUCACCAGCUUAGGAUUCUCGCAAGAUCUAGCUCGGCUGGCAUCAAUUCCAGUCAGUGAAAGUAUCAAGGUCUGGGAUGUAAGUGGCAGAUCGUGUUCGGAAAUACUUCAGGCAGACGAGAUACGAUCUUUUACCUGGUCGCAGGACUCAACGCAACUACUAACAGCAUCCACUGGUGGCGAGAUUGUUGCCAGGGAUAUUUGCAGUGGCACUCACCUGCCGUUGUUUGAAACAGAGAUCGGACAUGUGAUCUCAAUGACCCUUUCGCACGAUUCAGCGCAGUUGGCAAUAUGCUCAUUGACAGACAGCCACUUCGAGCUUUGGAAUGUCCACGGUGGCGUUCUCUUGCAGCAAUUUCAUGGGCAUACGGCACACGUGGAGUCGGUUUCUUUUUCACAUGACUCGAUCUAUGCAGCGUCAGCAUCGUACGACCACACAGUAAAGAUAUGGGAUCUGAGUACUGGCCUGUGCGUAAAUACCCUAAAAGGCCACGACAGAAUUCCUGCGUCUGUGGAUUUCUCGCCCAAAGAUCCAACCAAGUUGGCAUCAUCGUCACGGGAUAAGACUAUCCGGCUAUGGGAUGUAGUCAGCGGUGCCUGUCUGCAAAUUAUCAACACCGGCAAGACUAUCUACAGUCUCGAAUUCGACCCCGAUGGCCUUCAUCUUCGCACUGAUAUAGGCGCCAUCGAAAUCCAGCAUCUUGGUUCUUCGGACGCAGAGGGUAUUUCGGAAUCCAGCGAACCACUAUAUUCAGGGAUCAAUCUCACUUCAGAUGGCUUGUGGAUCAGGUAUGGGAACAAGAACAUCUUAUGGAUACCACCAGAGUUCCGAAGCUACAGUUCUUCCGUCCGCGGAAAUGUAGCUGCUAUAGGUAGCAAUUCCGGGAGGGUAUGGUUGUGUACUGUCGACCCUGAUGCCAUGCGUGUCCAUGCCGCCGGACAUUUGACGCCGAUUGACGAAGACGCGCACCAAUCGCGGCAUCGAUUUCCGGCGAUCAGCACGGUGCAGGUUCGGAAAUCGUGAGGAGGUGUUAUGUCACGCUAAACAAACAAAUGGACAUUAAACCAAAAAAUACCUCGCCAGAAACCUGAACCGCGCACGAACAGACCACAGCGUUCGUAUCGUAGACGCUAGUGUAUACUAACUGCUUGACUGAGGUGAUGUUGUAAGGAUUAUAGCAUCUUCGUCACAAGCACUUGCGCAAAUUCCAUGAAGCACAUGGAUUUUGCGGAAGUUGCACAAAACACCUAAGAGAUUAGUGGAGAUAUCUCGUCUUUGGGAGUGGUUCCUACAAAACAAAG